CGACAAAUCCCAGCUUCACGUGAAUCUUUGCGCGGCUAUCCGAUAGAUUCGAUCAACCCAAACGCUUUGGGUGCUGCUGCUGCAGAGCUGGCCCAGAAUCCAUACUUCCUAAAUUCCCGUUCGAUUAGUCCGGCCACAUUAAGCGAAUUUGAAAAGCAAUCUACUUCAAAUCGAGCAACGCCAACACAAGAACAGGAGCCUGGAAUGAUUGCUCAAAAAGCAACGUUGAUAGCACAAAAAACACAAGUUUCACAAAUGAUUGAUCUAUUGCUGAAACGUGGGGCAGAUCCGAACUCGGCCAAUCAGCCUUUACCAUGUCUAUUCCUGCCCGUGCAGUUCGGAGAUGUCAGUAUGGUAGAACGUUUGCUCGGAUACGGUGCAGAUCCAAAUGCUUGUUUGAGAACCAAGGAAACAGUCCAGAAGAUACCUUUGACCUCGGUGAGUUGA